AUGGCUCAACAACAUGCUCCUGUACGAGUUGCUUUACCAACUGCCUUGAUACUUUCAGCUAGUAUUCCAGCUGGGAUUCUCGUGGCUGUUUUGGUUGAUCAGAUUAAUUCGGACACGACCUUGUUACGUUUCAUCCUGGAGGGCUUGGCGGCAGGGACGUUUAUAUAUGUGGCAUGUGUGGAGAUGCUGAGUGCAGAGCUGAGUAGCUCUCAUGCUCACGCCCAUAUUGGAGUUGAUGAACAACAUGGUGUUCACCCUGCAUCUCACUCACCAUUUCAGGUAAAACCAACUAAUUAA